ACGGAAGUUUCAGCUGUUCUUUACCUUGCUGAGAUAUGUUGCGAUUAUGCAAAGUGCAGGUGUCAGCUUGCCACUACAAAACCAAUCCUGUUUUUGCCGGGCAUUUUGCAAGCAGCAGGACAAUCUCAGCUCCAGAGGCAGUUAAUAUGGACAUUGUACCCUUGAAGCUUGCAGAAGACAGUUUCACCGGCCUACCUCAAAACUUCAGAGGUGGUAGUAAAUGUGGAACAACUGGCGGUCCGAUAAAUAUGAAAAGCCAAAAACAAGGUGUCUUAGCAGAAUUGUUGUAUUGGGCCCAACUAUUGGUUUUACAUACUUGUGGAAAGAACAUCUUGAUAGGAAAAAGAAAACCUUGAAAAGCAACUAUAUGGUUCGGUAUUACUUAGUCGUUGGAUGGAAUUGGGCCCAAUUUUGUAAUUGAUACUCCAAUUUCUUGGGUGCUGAUAUCUUUCACGAGCUACCGUUAUUGCAACGAUACCAACACACUGCAGAUUUGUGUUCUUGUGAUCAACACUUUCUUCACAGCAGUAAUCUUCGUGAAAGUUUAGGGCGUGAAAAUUUGCGAUCGCACUCUCCAUUUGCACUUUUUAAGCCGUUCUUGUUUUGUUCUUCACUUCUCUUUCCCUCAUACCAUUAAGCUUAUUACGGAGCGCAUGACUUAGAUUAUUUGUCCUCUAUGCAGACGGAAGCUAAAUUGUGCUUACUGUUGGUUUAAGAGUUGGUCCAGAUCAACAUACCUGGAAACAGUUCUGUAAAGUUCUAGACAGCACUGUUUACAUCUCUAAACAAAAAACAUCUUCUGUGAAAUCAUAUACACGUUCUUGGUGAUUUCUUGAAAAGUGAAUUUUCGAAUGAUAUUUUCCAGAAAACAUUUGCCAACCUUUUUCGUUAUUUUCACUAAUGCUAACAAAAAUGAAAGCAAUACUAAUUCGCUAUUUUCACUAAUGCUAACAAAAAUGAAAGCAAUACUAAACUAGCCCCUAACUGAAGGCACAGUCCAGAUACCAAUGCCCGAGGGCCACAAACCAUUAUACCUCCACCAUUACUAUUUUUUAGCAUCAAAAUUUAUCAUUUGUGAGCAAUCAAUAGUAUCCAAAAAAUAUUAUUUACAGCUCAAAGAAGCAGGUAACCUCCUAAACCAACUACAGGCCAACUGCUCAAGCAGUGAAAUGGCAAUUUGAAACCAGAUGCUCCAGUUCCAGAAAAACUAACACGUACUAAAACACCUCCUAUGAGAAGGCACAACCUGCACCUAACAAAGAACUUAUACACACAUGGACAAAUUUCUUACAGUCAAUUAGUAGUUCAUAUCACCGAGUAUUUAUCAUGCUGUAACUAUACUGUGUUUUUCCC